UCUCAAUUUUCAGAUCACUCUAUUCAUUCAUUUUUCUGCUGCUGCUGUUCUGUAGAAUCCAGAGAGAUCAGCACCCAUGUGAACCUGAAUAGUGGAUCUGUCUCUGGAUCUCUGUGUUUUCACACUAGGAGGUACCCAGGACAUGCUAACAGGACGGAUCGGUCCAGGAGGAAGCUGCCUCCCCCUCCACCAGAUAACGACGAUGGCGGAGACAUACUAGUGGUCGCCAUGUAUGACUUCACAGCGAAAGAGGACACGGACCUGACUCUGACUCAGGGAGACGAGUACACCAUCCUACACAAACAGGACCAGCUGUGGUGGAGGGCACAGGACAAACACGGAAAUAAGGGGUUUAUCCCCAGUAACUAUGUCACAGAAAAGGACAGGAUUGAGGCCAACCAGUGGUUCUGUCAGAGCAUCACCAGAUCAGAGGCUGAACAGCUGCUACGACAGGAGGCUAAAGAGGGAGGUUUUGUGGUGAGGGAGUCUAGUCAGCAAAGCUGUUACACUGUUUCAGUGUUCACUAAAGCUCUGGGUAUAAACGGUGGUAUCAGACACUACCAGAUAAAGCUCAAUGAUUCUGGAAGCUUCUAUCUUUGUGAGAAGCACAUCUUCACCUCGAUACCUGAACUUAUAGAGUACCACAACCACAAUGCUGCAGGUCUGGUGACCAGGUUAAGGUAUGCAGUAGAACCUAUGGGCAGGUGUGUUCCUGCUACAUCAGGCUUCAGCUCAGAGAAAUGGGAGAUUGACCCUAGUGAGUUGACGGUAAUGAAGGAGCUGGGUUGUGGUCAGUUUGGCUUGGUGAGGCUGGGGAAAUGGAGAGCGCUGUGUAAGGUGGCCAUUAAAACAAUCAACCAAGGAGCCAUGCACGAAGAGGACUUCAUAGAGGAGGCGAAGAUUAUGAUGCGAAGAGUGGCAGCACGGAACUGUCUGGUCAGUGACAAGAACGUGGUGAAGGUGUGUGACUUUGGAAUGACCAGGUACGUGUUAGACAACCAGUACACCAGCUCUACAGGCUCUAAGUUCCCAGUCAAGUGGUCUCCCCCCGAGGUGCUGCACUAUAACAAGUUCAGCAGCAAGUCUGACGUCUGGUCCUUCGGUGUGUUGAUGUGGGAGGUGUUUACUGAGGGGAAGACGCCGUUUGAUGGGCGAUCUAAUGUAGAUGUAGUGGAUGAGAUUACCAGGGGAAACCGUCUCUACCGACCUCACAAAGCUUCCAACGAUGUCUACAAACUCAUGUACAAGUGCUGGCACGAGAGACCACAGGGCCGUCCUUCUUUCUCUGAGCUGCUGGAGAACAUCAGACUACUGGCUGAACUGGCAGACUAGACACAAACACACAGCUGUUGGAGAGGAUCAGACUACU